CGGAAGCUACUGUCAGUCAUUGCCCCUUCACGUACCGUUGGACCUCUUCUUCAGUUUCUGUCACUGCACCGGCGGAAUCUGCACAUUAAACCCUGUUAAUGUGACUCACCAGGACACAGUAUCCUCUUCCCGUGCAACUGAACUUGAAGCCUACACAAUAUUAUCGGUUGUGUUGUGUUGCAGCAGUGUGAGCAUCAUGUGGAGGAAGGCUUCAGCGGCCGCCCUGCUGGCGUUGGCUGUGGGAUAUUUCUACCUCGGCGGCUCUGAGCUGCCGGAGCAGAUCCUGACGUACAUCGGCCUGCCGAACAUCCAGACCCCCCCGGAGAGCCAGAAGGGCCUGGAGCAGGUGGUCUCCUCCGCCUGGGAGACGCUGAUCACUCUGCCCACCCGGCAGUGGAGCAGAGUGGCUGUAGGGGUGAAUGCCUGUGUGGAUGUGGUGGUCUCCGGCGUGGGGCUGCUGCAGGCUCUGGCUGUGGACCCCGGCUCCGGCCUGAAUCACGAGGUGUUGCACUCCAAAGAGGACCUGAAGGAAGCCUUCAUCCAUUACAUGGAGCGCGGAGCUGCAGCCGAGCGCUUCUUCAGCGACAGCGAGGUGUUUCAGAGGAUCGCACGAGCAGCGGCAGAGUACCCCGGGGCCAAGCUGUACGUGGGAGGGAACGCUGCCCUCAUUGCUCAGAAGCUCGCCACCUACCCUGACCUUGUGGUACAGUACCAUGUUCAUACUUCUGUUGUAAACUCUUAAUCUUUCGCUUCAUUAAUGAGCUAUUAUAUAACCC